AAUCGUCUAUAUUUAUUUUUACUGUUUGUUCAACUGAAGACAUCAUCUUGUUAUAAUCGUCAUGCUGUAGGUGCAAAUGUUCUGCAUGCACUAUCAUUAUCAGUUGGAGACUUUAAAGUAUCGGUUGUCGUGUUUGAAAUCACAAUGAAAACUAUAGUCGUUCUACUUGCAAUAUUAAUGUCACUCGUUAAAUCUAGUCCAAAACGAGGCAUUACACAACAUGCUAAAAUAUUGAGUGUACCCGGGCGAGUUUCGAACUGUAAAUGUAACCUUGUUGCCAAUUCUGAUUAUAUUUUGCAAAAUUUGGAAAUUUUACGAACAUCAGCACGGGAGUUGGAAAAAGCUUCAGAGUACAACCACAUUGCGGCAGGUGUCCAUGCGCCUAUACGAGGAAUGGUCGAUUCAGGAUCGAUCAUUUAUACUGCAUUGAAAAAUCUGCCGAAAUCUUCAUCUGGAAAUAUUCAGGUUUUGUCCAGGAAUGUUGCAGCAACGAUUCAGCAGACUAAAGUUGAAAGGAAUGAACACAUGAUAAAGCUGCAGCAGGUGAGAGAAAUACUGGGCAAUAGAAAUUAUAAAAUUGUAAGAAACACCCACAGUAAAUUUAUGGCGACUCUAGAUGAAAUCGCGAUAGAAAAUAACUAUUUAAUGGAUGAUAUGUCUACAAACAGAGCUUCGAAUAACAUAGCAAUGUUGAAGAUGAACGAAAUAGUGAAAAACUACGGUGUUGUUCUUGAAGAAUCUGUUCCUAAACUUGAAUCUGUAAUGAAAAGUGUUGUGUCACUCGAGGUGUCACCGGAUCUCUCAACUACAGGGAUACGGAGAGCUUUCAAUAAAGAACGUGAAUCUCUCAGAAGCAAUCUGCUUCGCGUUCGACCUUAUAUUGAAACCAAUGUGAUAGCCAACGUGCAAGCAAAUUUUCGCGAUGUUGAGAGCAAAAUUACAACGCAGGGCGAGACCGUUGUGACACAACUGCAACAGUUUUAUGAAAAAGUAAACUGUGGAUGCGUUCAAGAGACUAUAUCGAUCGUCCAGAGCAUUUCAGAGUCCGUUACUAAAAAUGUCAACAAGUUCAUUGAGCAAGCAGAAAGAAUUGUGGUAAGAGAAAAUUAUACGCAUGUAUUAAUGAACGAAAGUGAAGAGUUGGUUGUUAGUUUAUCAAAAAACCUUACUCGUGGUAUAUCUCAGGGAUAUAUUCAAGAAUCAUGCCUAACCAAGUAUCAGCGUGAAUUUGACAAAAUUUCUCAAACGGUUUAUAGCCAAUCUACUACAUGUGUUUGGGAUACAGUGUUUGAUUUGAAAGAAGUAGCUACGAAUUUAAACUGUGCAUUUCGAUUGGCACUUAUAGACCUGAAACAUGAAUUUACAUCUGUAGAAAAGUGUGUUUCAAUACUAACCAAGGAUACGACACAAAUGGCCCUAUUUCAAGCGGUUGAAUGCAUACAACGUGCGAGAGAUUAUCUAACAGCACGUCGAGUAUAUGUAGAUCAAAUGACUACCUAUCAAACGGUGUUUAGGAAAGAGGUGACCUAUAGUGCUUCGCGAUACGACUUUUGUUUAAACUCCACUUCUGCCCAAGUUGGUGCUCAGGUAACAUAUUUGAGCAAUGCAAUCACCGAGUGUGGAAAUGGGCAGUCUUAGGAGUUGUAACAGUUGUAUUUUAUUUUAAAGAAUUUUAGUUAAAAUAAUCGAGACUUUUAUCUAUAAGGGUCUGAUAAAUUAGUUCUACCCACAAUACCGAUAGUUAAAUUGCUCAGAAAAAGGACCAAUCCACAAGGUUAAUCCCCUAGAGCUGUCCCACUUUUGUAUGCAAUAAAAAGAUAAGCAAAAAACCAACCUCAAUCCCUCAG